AGAGGGAAAGAGGAUGUGUUACGUUUUGCAGAACACAUUCUCUCCAAAAGAAAGCAAGGAUUUUACUGUAUGUUUGCCUAUGAGACGCAGAUUCUGCAGCAACUGGCUCUUCUGGUGGUGUGCCAUGACUUAGCUGUGGGCCAGGCCAUCUCCCACCACUUCCUGGUGCAGAGACCUACGUCCUGGUUCAAAGCCCGGGAGUACUGUCGAAAGCAUUAUGUCGACCUCGCUGUCCUGAGCACAGAAGAGCAAUACUUCACUCUCCUCAAUGCCACUGCUGCAAGCAAAAUGAGCUUUUGGCUUGGCCUGCAGCGUCAGAGUGUGUCCAGCGGCUGGAAGUGGGUGGACGGGGAGGAGCUGAGCUAUGAAGACUGGUACAAGAUAAACUAUGUAGGCCGCUGUGCAAGUUUGGAGGCGAUGCUGAAGAAAGACAAGAAACUGCUGGCACGCUACUGUGACGAGCUGCACAUGUUUGUCUGUCAGGGUCCAGUUUCUCCGCAGCUAGUGAGGGUGGACUCAGUGGGCUCUGAUCGAGUGAUUCUCAGCUGGAACGUCUCAGCAUUUAUGCAGAUGACACCACACUACUACAAUGUGACGACAUGCACCAACACAUGUGAAUCGCUCCUUGUCCCAUACACCAAUGGCUCUGGCUUUAUGAACAUCAGCAUCUCCAACCUGACUUCAGCCACUGAGUACUUCAUUGAGAUUUUGGCUUUUAUUGUUCGGCCUGACAGUGUCACUGAUGGAAACGUGACCCUUCAAAGUCACCCAACAGCCUUACAAGUCAAAACAGUGGACUCUAUUGGGAGGCAGCACAAAGUCAUCAUCAUCAUCCUGAAGCUGUUAAAGCUCGUAUCUCUGGCUCCUCCACUCUGGGUUUUCUAUCAAAUCCUGAAAAAAGGUGAUUUCAAAGAGUCAGAUCAUGACGUCUUACAUGUGGAGCUCUCAACUGAGGAAACAAUUGUUGAUCUGAUCCCUGAGAAAACCAGAGCAGUUGGGUAGGAAGGGAAAAAAUAGAAACAUGCCUGAGAUCGGGGUCCAGGUGACAGAAUAUUGACAUAAAAAUGAUCCAUGAGUCCUAUUCAUCUUUUGCUUCAUUGCUCCAUCCUGCUCCAUUUUUGCAUAAACCAAUCUCAGUAUUUCCACUAGAAUAAUUUACCCUGCUGAUGUUGUUUAGCUUCUUAGACGCAGAGCCUAGAGGCAGGGUUCACCCUGGACAGGCACCAGACUAUCACAGGGCUGACCAAUAGAUCACACUCACAUUCACACCUAUGGUCAAGUUAGCAUCACCAAUUAACCUGCAUGUUUUUGGAUUGUGGGAGGAAGCCGGAGUGCGCGGAGAAAGCCCACGCUGACACAGGUGGAACAUGCAAACUCCACACAUAAGGGCUACCCCACACCAGCGGUUAUGAAAAACAAAUCAAUGACUUUUAACGUCCCAGUUCCUGUACUCAUCUAACCAAUUAGAGCCUUGUUUUGAGAUCUGUAUUCGUUCACCUUGUUUUGUAGGAACAGGGGUGUCGAUGCAAAUUUAAAACUCCUGCAGCUGCUUCAGAGUAAAAAAAAAAACUUUCAGCUACACCUUUGAGAGCUCACUUGUUGCACAGAGGCACUACUGAAAGUUGAUAUGAAUCAAAAUUUGGAUGUUUUUGCAUGUUUUGUUUUUGUGGAUUAGUUUUAAAACUUUAUAGAACAAACUUUACAGCAUGCAUGCUAUACAACAACUAAACACUUAAAAUCUUAUAACAUUCAUGUGGCCAUAGUGAAACAUGUGGGCCUAAUUAAAUGAUAACGGUCUGUUCCUUUACCGUUUCUGUACAGAAACACAGUAAGUGCUGAUUUUGAUCAGUUUCUUAAUGCCUAUGACAUGGAUCAAGAUCAACAGAGAUGUGAACGUGGGUUACCCACAAUAUCCAAAGUUAUACAACUAAGAAAACUGCUAUUUUCUCGAUAAAUUUUAUGUAUUUUAUGUCCGUUUUUGGAGCUAGUUCUGAUAAGCAACUAUGAUGUUUAACUGUACACAACCUGUGAUGGUCCCCCAUGUUUAUUUACUAUAUCCAUGGAAAGCAGUCAGUAGAAAUUUUAGGGUAUUUUUGUGUCAUAUUUUUAAAAUAGUAUAGGCUGAGCAUGGAGCAAUAGAGCAAAUGAUCUUCAGUGGACACGUGGAUGAUUGCAGUAUCACAACAUAUCCUCACAAAAGGUUUGUAUGAUAUCUAAUGAAUUAGCGCCCCCACAAAUUACAUUACAUACUUAAUGUUAAGUUACACAGAUUAUGAUUAGGGAAGUAAAGUUUCUUUGGUUAGAUUUAGGAAAAGAAACAUGUUGACUGCCUAGAAUAACACCAAAUUCACCUGGUUGGUCUCACACCUGUCUCCUGGAGGAAAAACCUGUUGUAUGACCCAUCCACCACCCCAACCUGCAUACUUAUGCAGACGACUUAUUUCUUUACUUCCGUCAGCGUGUUGGUCAUGUGAUUGCAGAUUUCCAAAGUAUUACUAGCUCAUGUUUGAUUGGAAUAUAUAAAAAUUUUGGUGCAGUACUUUUCAUAGCUACACAGUACAUAUGAACAGUGUUGACGUAGAAGGUUUACUUAAAGCUGGGAAACAAUGUGUGAUCUGCCUUUUAAGGCUCUCCUUUCUGUUAAGAUUAAGUUGAUCUGUACAACAGAAGUGAUUCGAAAUAUAUUCUCUAAAUAUAAUGUAAUUGUUAAACUGUAGGUGGCAGUGGUGUAACGUCAUGUGACUGCUGCUGAGAAAGAAUGCAUGCUGUUCACAUACAAACUGAAUCAGCAGCAAGAAGUAGUAUAAGCUUCUUUGUUUUGUUUUUUUUUACUGUUUUUUCUUUUGUUUGUUUGUUUGUUUGUCUGUUUUCAUUUUUGUUUGGUCUUUUGGAUCCAUAAUAUGACAACUAAAACCUCUCUCAGGGAUUAUCCACUUAGUUUAUUUCAAAGGGCACAAGGUCAGUAAAUGUGAAUUGGUCCAGAGCUAGCUAAAGGUAAAGUUCAUCUGGCCUCCCUGGUCUGAUGUUACAAAGGACCCUAAACGUGAUCUAAAUCCUUAAGAACAUUAUUUCAAUGAAAUUAUAUAUGAGAAUAUUGUAGUUCAAAAUUAAAUUUCAAAGAAAGCAUUAACGUGAAUGUGGCAGCAAAUUCUAAUAGUAUUAGUUAUGGCAUUUAGCUUUAUUUUUAUUGUUGCACUUUUAUGCUUUUAUCAACUUUUUGUUUUUAUUUGUUUUGUUAUUGUUGUUUUUUCAGUAUUUUUUUAAACAAUAUCUAAAAUUUUGGCCUCUAACCACAUGCUGAUCAAAUCAGAUUAUCAGUGUUUAUUAUCAUCAUCAGGCCUUUGCUGAUAUUCAUUCAUUUGGAUGUUUUGGAGCCAAAGCAAAAAUUCACAUUUCAAACAAGACUAUUAAAAUUUACAGUAUUGUGACACAAAAAGAAAUAAUUCUCAGCUUUGAAAGCUAAAUCUAAAGCACAUAGUGAUGUGACAGCAAUGAACAUGUUUAUGUUUAUAUAAACAAAGUAUUUGUGACAACAAAUCUUGCCAUUCUCAUGUGCCUCGCACCUUUAUCUUUAACUUUUUAAGAUCUAUGGUGCAUUUAGGAUAAUAUAUAACAUAUAACAUAUGUUUUGGGUAUUGGACAGUAUUGUAUUCUACAGUAGAAAUGUAUUGUGUAAGCAACUUGUUGCUAUCUUCGGUAGCUACUCGUGUAACUAAGUGUCAGAUGAAUAAAUAUAUACUAUAA